CAAGCCCACUCCGGCACCAGGCCCACCCCACAAAUCCCCGUGACGACAUGUCCGCCGCCAGCAGCCCCGAAAAAGCAGCCGCCGCCCGGCCGCUGCUAGCCAUGGGUUAACCCCCGAAUGGAAAGCAGCCUAGCCGGUCGACUGUGCGCGUGACCAGGAGAGGGCGAGAGAGCUCUAGAGGAGGUGGUAGUGGAUGAGGAGGAGGAGGAAGUGGACCAUUAGCACCAUCACCACUUUCGCUUUUUUUUAUUUUUUUUUUUUUAUUCUUCUGCACAGCACGUCGGAUCCAGCCGAGAAGCGGAGGGCAUUUUUCUUUAGCCAUUCGGAACCGGAGGAGGAGGGGAGCAGCGGCGGCGGCAGCAGUAGUUCUACCGGCCUUCCAAGCUCGCAACCCGGCUAGGCUGUAGACCACCGCUGCCCGCUGAAGCAGGCCCGACACCCCCAUGGAGUCAUCGGACGACGACACCCUCAGCGAGCGCUCGUGCGUGAGCGAGCCGUCUUUUCGCAGCGAGCGCUCGGAGGGCUCGCUUUCGCCGUGCCCCUCGUCGCUGUACGCCAGCGCCCCAGGAGAUACGCUGCCUUGGAACCUGUCCAAACACGAGCGACGCAAGCGCAGGAGCCAGGAUUCGGUGUUGGACCCCGCGGAGAGGGCGGUGGUCCGCGUGGCAGACGAGCGUGACAGAGUUCAGAAGAAGACUUUCACAAAGUGGGUCAACAAGCAUCUCAUCAAGGUGAGGAAGCACAUCACUGACCUCUAUGAGGACCUGAGAGAUGGGCACAACCUCAUCUCCUUGCUGGAGGUUCUCUCUGGCGUCACCCUGCCCAGAGAGAAAGGCCGCAUGAGAUUUCAUCGACUGCAGAAUGUCCAAAUAGCCCUGGACUUCCUAAAACAAAGACAAGUUAAACUUGUCAACAUCAGAAAUGAUGACAUCACCGACGGAAACCCCAAACUUACACUGGGUCUCAUCUGGACCAUCAUCCUCCACUUCCAGAUUUCCGAGAUUUACGUGUGCGGUGAGUCGGGUGACCUCACCGCCAAAGAGAAGCUGCUGCUAUGGAGCCAGCAGGCUACCGAAGGCUACCCAGGCCUCCGCUGUGCCAACUUCACCUCCUCGUGGAGCGACGGACGCAUGUUCAACGCCCUGCUGCACAGAUACAGACCCGACCUGAUCAACAUGGAGGCGGUCUCACAGCAGAGCAACCGUGACAAUUUAGAGCACGCCUUUGAGAUUGCCGAGUCGCUAGGGGUGACAAGGCUGCUGGACGCCGAGGAUGUGGAUGUUCCCGUUCCAGAUGAAAAAUCAGUCAUCACGUAUGUGUCCUCCAUCUAUGAUGCCUUCCCCAAAAUCCCAGAGGGAGGAGAGGGCAUCGCCGCACAUGAGGUGGAUCAACGCUGGUCCGAAUAUCAGUCCAAGUUCUCGUCUCUGCUCCAAUGGAGCCGCCAGCAAACGGCUAUCAUGUCCAAUAAGAACUUUCCACAGAAUCCAGUAGAACUCAAGGCACUUUACAAUGAGUAUAUCCACUUCAAGGAGACGGAGGUUCCCACCAAAGAGCUGGAAAAAACUCACGUGGAACACCUCUAUAAACUUCUGGAGGUGUGGAUGGAGUUUGGCCGCGUGAAGCUUCCUCCGGGCCUCCACCCCAACGACUUGGAGGAGGAGUGGGGCAAACUCAUCCUGGAGAUGCUGGAGAGGGAGAAGGUUCUCCGACCUGCCGUGGACAGGCUGGAGUUGCUGCUUCAGAGAGCGAACAAGUUCCAGAACCUCGCCUUGGACUGCGAAGAGAAGAUCACCCUGGCCAAGAACACGUUACAAGCCGACAUGUCGCGGUCUGAGAGCGGCGAGGCGGUGCAGUGCGAGAGCGAACUGGCCUCCUACUUGCACAACUGCGAGGCGCUGAUGGCACAGAUGCAGCAGGAGCUCAAAAUGCUCCAAAAUGAAAAAUACUACCAAGUGGAGCAGCUCGCAUUCAGAUUGACGUGCCUUGAAGAAGAGCUGGUCUCUCUCCGACUUCACUGUUCCAGCCUGUACAGAAAAGGUCACUUCACGAUUGGCGAGCAUCUCAGCCAGCGCGCCCCCGCCGAGGGCCCCGGGUUCUCUCUAGGCCAGACUCUGCUGGGGGCCGCCGGUUCUGCAGAGGCUACUCUUCUUCGCCGCCCGAUGACUCGUUCCCAACUGGUGGCCAUGUCCUCGUCAGAGGACGAGGGCAGCCUGAGGUUCAUUUACGAGCUUCUCGGAUGGGUGGAAGAGACGCAGGAGCUUUUGGAAGGAGCUGAAUGGGGGGCGGACCUUCCUUCGGUGGAAAACAACCUGCAGGAACAUAAUAGUGUGCACGCCGCUGUGGAGGAGCUGAUGAGCGGCCUGCAGGAGGCUCGCAGCUACGAGGCCAAAGUGUCGACCAACUUCAGGAGCAACUACUGCGAGACGCUGGCCAAACUGGAGCAGCAGUACUGCAAACUACGGGAGCUCUCGUCGUGGCGGCUACGCAGCCUCGAGAGUCUUCAUUCUCUGGUGCGCGAGUGCACCGAGGAGCUGAUCUGGCUGAACGAGCGCGAGGAGGACGAGAUCGCCUUCGACUGGAGCCACAACAACACCAACAUGGAUGCCAAGCGGGAGAUGUACAGUGAGUUGCGGUCCGAACUAGACGAGAAACACAGCGUGAUGCGGUCCCUCCAGGAAAUGGCGCUGCGCCUGUGUCAGGAAAACCAUCCCGCCAAGCAGACUCUGGAGGCGUACAGUGCUGCGUUGCAGACGCAAUGGCAGUGGGUGGACCAGCUUUGCUUAUGUGUGGAGCAGCAUCUGAAAGACAACACGGCCUACUUCCAGUUCAUGAGCGAUGUGCGCGACUGCGAAUCGUACCUGAGGCAGCUGCAGGAGAGCAUCAAGAGGCAGUACACCUGCGACCGAAACAGCCGCCUCAGCAGGCUGGAGGAUCUGUUGCAGGACUCCAUGGACGAGAAAGAGAAGCUGAUCGAGCAUCGCGGCAAGGUGGCCAGCCUGGUGGGCCGCGCCAAGACACUGGUGCAGCUGCGCCCCCGCUGCCCCGACAGCCACCUGCCAGCGGCCAUGCCCGUCCACGCUGUCUGCGACUACAAACAGAUUGAGACAAACGUUCAGAUCACGAUAACCCGCGGCGAGGAAUGCGUGCUGGAGGACAACGGGCAGCGCACCAAGUGGAAGGUGAUCAGUUCCACGGGCAACGAAGCCAUGGUGCCGUCCGUCUGCUUCACCGUGCCGCCGCCCAAUCAGGAGACCAUCAAUGCUGCCAGCAGGAUAGAGCAGUUGUACCAGCAAGUUAUGUCGCUGUGGCACCAGAUGCACAUCAACAUGAAGAGCGUGGUCUCCUGGCACUACCUCCUCAAAGACCUCCGCACCGUCUCCGAAUGGAAUCUGGACACGGUCCGCAGGCAGUCCGCUUCAGAGCGUCAGCGAGUCCUGGACCACCUGGACUCCCACUUGUCCGACUUUCUGUCUGACAGCAGAGAAAGCGCACUGUUCACGCCGGCCGAGCGGCGCGAGCUGGAGGCGGACGUCCGGCAAGCCGAGCAGCGCUGCCGUGACCUUUUGCUCAACAUGGAGAGUGAGGAGAAAGACGAGACGCUGUCUCGCUCGUACAUGUCGGAGCUGCAGAACGUCACCCUGCGUCUCAACGAGGCCGAGCAGCGAUUGAUUAGCGCCAUCCAGACACCGAGCCGGCUCUCGGAUGACAGUGCAGAUAAUGCCGUCAGGAUAGCCGAACAGGAGAAACUGGAGUGUGAACUGGACGCGCUUCGCUCUAACCUGGGCGGCGUGUCUCAGAGCUGCGUGGCCUUCUUGGAGGAGAAGCCUGCAUUCUCAAGCGUCCCCGCCAUGCGCUCGGAGCUCAACCAGGCCGUGAAGAAGAUGGACAAGCUGCACCACCUCUCAUCUGUCUUUCUGCAAAAAUUAAAAACUGUGGACGUGCUGCUGCGCUGCCUGGAAGAGGCGGAGAGUCAGGUCAAGAAGUACGAGAGCAGGCUGAGCGAAGAGGACAUCCUUCCUGCAGACACGGCAGCCAUCCAAAGCCUAAGAGAUCAAUUGGGGAAGUGGCAGUGCGAGCUCUCCGAGCAGGAGGGCGUCUUCGAGUCCCUUCAGUCGGACGUCCUCCAGGCCAAAGAGGCGACGUCCCGUCUCACCGUCCUCCACCCGGACCGCAACCCCGAGAUGGAGCGCGGGAACACACCGGCUGGGACCACUGACAGCAAGGCGCUCUCCGAGCAACUGGCGCAGCAGACGGCUUUGGUCGCUGAGAUCGAAGACAACCAGACCAAACUCGAUGAUUGCCAGGCUCACUCCAAACAUUACUGCACCUCAGUCAAGGAUUACGAGCUUCAGCUGAUGACUUUCAGAGCCUUCGUGGAGUCCAUGCACAAGUCACUGGUGAAGAGGAGGAGGAUGCACUCUUCCUCUGACGCCAUCACUCAGGAGUUCAUGGACCUGCGCACACGCUACACAGCAUUGGUCACGUUGACUACGCAACAUGUCAAAUACAUCAGUGACGCCCUCAGACGACUCGAAGAAGAAGAAAAAGAGGUGGAGGAGGAGAAGGAAGCCAGGGUGGGCCAGGUGUCGGACCUCCUGGCAUGGAUUGGAGGUCUUCAGGGACGGACCGGAGGCCCCAACGCUGAGUCAUCACUUGCUGCGCAGCAGGCCAUCAGCGAGCAACUUGCCGCCAAGAAAGACGAUGUGGCCGAAGCCAUCAGAAGCACGCAGGUCUUUCUCCUUUCCAAACAAGCUGCCAAGCUGUCCCCGGAUGAGCGCGCCCACGUAGAGGCGCAGCUGGACCAGCUGACGUCCACUUACCAGAACAUGUGCGAGGCCUCCAUGCAGCAGAUGCAGCAGCUGGAGCAGCAACUGGCCAGGGAGGAGGAGAGGAAGGUGCCCCCUUGCAUUGCUGGCGUGAUCGACCUGGGAAGUGUGGAAACCUUCCCAGUCUUCCAAGCUGCCCAACGGGGUCUGAUUGACCAAGACACGACUCGUAUUCUCCUGGAGGCCCAGCUUGUCACCACAGGGGGGCUCCUCUCUCCUGACCCCUCCCUCGUCCUCUCUGUCGAUGAAAGUUUUGCUAGAGGUUUGAUUGAUGCUCACACCAGGCAGUCCCUCUCAGAACUGGAGAGCACUUGGCUUUUGGUGGAAUCUGCAACCGGUGGCCAACAACUGAAUGUGCAUGCGUUAUCGUCAGCUGUGGAGGCGGGACUCAUUCAAGAGAAGGCAGGAAUUCGCAUUCUCGAAAUUCUAAUGCGAGAAGAAGACUUGAAGCUUUUGUCAUCCAGGAGCCUUCAGACCAAGCUUGAGUCUAGGCUUAAACGCAGAGAGCUGAUAGAUCCAAACACAGCUGAGACAGUAAACCUAACCGAGUUGCUUCGGCGCUGCAUCCCAGAUGACAACUCGGGUCUUCUCCUGCUUCCUAUCAAACAGCAACCUGGAGGAAGUGUCUGCCUCCGCUCCGAUAGAAAAGUUGGCAUCUUCCGUGCCAUUGAAGAAGGUCUGAUCGAUCGGGAAGUGGCCAAGCGGCUCCUGGAAGCUCAGCUGUUUGCUGGUGGGAUUGUCGACCCCCGAUCUGGACACAGGCUGACCAUUCAUGAGGCGCUUCGUCACGGACUCAUGGACCAGGACUUGGCUUGCUCCCUGUUUGUGCGACAGCUCAAAAAUGGUGGGAUUCUCGACCCUGUAACUAGAGAACGUUUGGAUUUGGAGAAUAGUGUCGACAGAGACCUUCUCUCCACUUGUAUGUCUCUUUUGGUCCUUGAAUCACUCUGGACGUUUAUGGGAAUGCUGUGGCCUGAAUCUGGUGAAAUCCUGUCCAUCUCGGAAGCUCUUCAGCAAGGAGUUAUCUCAGAGGAGCUGGCACGAAACAUCCUCAGGCAGCGUCAUGCUGUCGGAGCACUAUACAACUCAGAAACUCUUCAGUUGCUGUCCUUUGAGGAAGUUCUAGAUCACAGUGUCAUCCAUAUUCUCAAAGGCAUCCAUUUGCCAGAUGUACUCGUCAACAUAAACCCGUCGGGCACACCAUCUCUGAACCGCCUGAGUUGGGGUUCUUCAAGCUCGGCACCUUUAACAUCCUCUCCUGCCAGCCGGGUGUUGGAUGCCAAAGCAGCAAACGGGAUGGAUACCAACCAGCAAGCUAAACACAAGUUGCUCUUCCACCUCAUGACUCACAGCUAUGUGGACGCCCACUCAGGAAAACGCAUUGUGGUGUUUGACCCCGAGUUGCUGGAGUUAGUUAACACAAUUCAGUCAAUGGUUGGACACGUGGCUAGUAGUGACAAAGUUGAGACUUGUGUCAGUCUGACCACACAAAAAGAUAAUGUCAUCGCAAUGAAUUUGAUGGAAAAACACAUUACUGACAGGGAACCAGAGUCAAAAGACAGAACUUCCAAUAGAGUCACACCAACCAAAUACUUGGAGCCCAAAAGCAGAAACGAGCAGGGAGACAGUUACAAAGCUAAACCUUUGAUUGACAGGGAACCAGAGUCAAAAGACAGAACUUUCAAUCGAGUCACACCAACCAAAUACUUGGAGACCAAAAGCAGAAACGAGCAGGGAGACAGUUAUAAAGCUAAACCUGAGCCUUUGGGAACUAUGAAGAUUAAUUUUGACAGAUCAUCAGACACUAUCGGAGAUAAAAGCAUAAAUGGAGAAAAAGGAACAUCUAGUCUUGAGAUUUCAACAGAAAAGCUCGAAAGUCUAAGCGAGAAAUCUAUAAAUGACACAGAAGAUGAGCUUGCAGCUGAAUCCGAUCUCCUGCAGACAACACUCGAGCUGGAAAACAUGGAAAACAUUUUCAAAAGUUCCGGAAACGAAGAUUCCAAUUCAAAGCAUUUGAGGAAACCUGAAAGGGCUGAAUCUGAGUCUGAAUCGAAGCUGGCCAAACCUGUUGUUGAUGUCCCUGAAUCUGCAUCUGAAGAUGAUGAUGCUGAACUGUCUAGGUUGGUCUAUGACCUCUCUGAGGGAGGUCUGAUGACGGAAGACGGUGAAAAGUUGCUCCCUGACGAAGCGGUUGCUCAGGGCAUCCUUCCCGGUCACACUGCGGUCAAAUUAAUGGCUCACAUAGGAUUAUUUGGCGGUUUCCUCGAUGCUAAAAGCGGUGAGUCUCUGAGCAUAGAUGACAUCAUGAAGGAAGGUUUACUGGAUGAAGAACUGAUGUGGAGUGUCCUAAAGUCGGAUAAAACACUUGCAGGCAUCGUGGAUGUGGAGAAAAAUCUUAUAUGUGGGGUUAGGGAGGCAGCUCAGGCUGGUUUGAUUGAUGGCACCACUGCAACUCGACUCCUCGAAGCCCAGGUGGCGGCUGGAGGUAUAGUGGACCUCCAUAGGGAUAAGAAAGUCUCCGUUACCUUGGCUUCAAACCUUGGACUGAUAGAGGACGAUCAAAGAGAAACACUUCUUGCACUUGAGAAGGCGUACCAAGGAAAAGUGAGCGGGACUGAAGUAGCCCUCACUAAAGCAGGUUUACAGCUACAGAUGGAAGGCGUUAUUGACCCAGAGACUGAGUGUCCUGUUCCUUUGGAACAAGCCAUUGAGAAGUGCUUAAUAAACUCCACACAUGCAUUUCAGGUGUUGCUUAGACAGGUGGCCGAGGGCGGGAUAAUCCAUCACGCUUCGGGAAUGAGGCUGUCAGUGUCUGAUGCCGUAGACAGAGGUCUUGUGGAUCGAUCACUCGCUCCCGGCUUGGAGGAGAUCGAGUGGGCUUACCAAGGUAAAGGCAGCUCCUCAAACAUGGAGGCUGUCGUUUUACAAGCAUCAACUGGAGCAAUUUUUGACCCCCAGUCAAGAUGUAGAGUCACAUUGAGCGAGGCUGUUAUUCGGGGGCUUCUGGAUGAGGAGGUUGCAAAUGAAGCUAUGGCUUCAAGCACAGCGGCGCAGGGGGUGCUUGACCCCCAAACUGCUCUGAUUUUGCCUUACUCAGACCUUGUAAGAAAGGGUAAGAUAGACAUUGAGACGGGCAAGCGAUUUUUGGAAGUGAAACCAUUCAGUGGGAUAGAGAACAAACAAACAAAGUGCCGCAUGACUCUUUCUGAAGCUUUAUAUGCAAAACAAGUUGACCCAAUUCCAGCUCUGAGACUGCUCCAAUGCCAAGCAGACAGUGGUGGCAUCGUUGAUAUCACCACUGGCAAAAGACUUCCUCUGCGUGAAGCAUCUGAAAAGGAUUUAGUCUCUGAGGAGAUGAGUUUAGAAAUUGCCAUUUACCAGAUUAUGAAAGGCGGUUUAGUUAAUCCAGCAAAUGGUCAGCAAGUUUUGAAUCUCAGUGAUGCAGUUGCUUUGCGGCUGAUUUCUAGUGACAUGGCUUCAGAAAUCAAGGAAAAAUUGACUCUUUUGAAGAUAAAAAAUGAUGAUGAUGAUGAUGAUGCACCCGCUAUCACCUCAUCACGAAGCAUAGACAGCCCAGAUAUGCCUUCAUGGGGUAGUGUAGAACCUUUGACUUCUUCAGAAUCCAUUGACGUCAUAACCGAAGUAGACAAGCCACUGGAGUCAGAUCUGUCCAUCGACCUUUUGAGUAACUUUGCUGCAAAUGUUGAGAAGAGAAUACAGCAAGCCCUAGAGGAGGCCAUACCACAGAUUGCUACAGCAAAGAAGAUUCUGAAACCAAAGACGGUAGAAGAGUUACAGAUGAACACAAGUGAACAAAAAGGAUGUACAUCUGAACGUUUGGUUCCAGAAUCGAUUCUUGCAUGUGACAGAGAUUAUGACGACAUUCAUGAAGAAGACACAACAAAGUCAGAUGGGAUCCCUAAGAAGUUGCUGUCUAAAUCCAGUGAUGCGAAAGUUAUGUCGGUCAAAGACUUUGAUUGUCCACCGACUGACUCCAGAACAUCUGAUGAGGAAGAACAUGUCAAACCAAGUGACGAGGACUGUAAGAUCGGGGAGGUUGUAGCGAGGAAUGAUGGAGAAACAGAAAACAUUUUGACCUUUGAAAUGCAGGCUACUUCUGCCAUGGAGCAGCAAGAACUGAUGUUGGAGGAGGCCCUAUUGCAAAUCGGUAGCUCAGAUAAGAUUCCUGAACCAACGAAUGCAGAUAAACUACAGAAAAGUCAACAGAGCACAGAUGAACAAAAACAAAGCAUACCUGAAGGUUUUGACGCAGCGUGGAUUCACGAAUGUGACUCUAAUGUUAACAAAAGUGUUAUGGAAGAGGACAGGAAAAAAUCAGAUGGUAAACUUGAGAAGAUGCUGGGUAUGCAUAACGUUGUUGGUCCGCUGACUGACUCGAAAACAGUGGACCAGAAGGAUGAUAAAAAAGAACGAGUUCAAACAAGUGAGGAGGAAACUAGUGUGCAGUAUGUCGCAGAAGCCAAUGAUGGUGAAAGAGAGAAUAUUUGCAUUGAAACCGAGGCUCUUUGUGCCUUGCAGCAGCCAGAACUGCUACUGAAGAAGGCAGUGCGGCAAAUUGAUGGGACAGAAAGGAUUCCUCAACCCGCGGCUGCAGACAAAUCACGAGUAAGUCAGCAGAGCACAGAUGGGCAAAAAGGUGCCACACCUGAAAGUUGGGUUCGAGAAUCAAUUCAAGUGCAUGACAUGUUUGUUGAGAAGGAUGACGCUGAUGUUGAUAAAAGUGUGAAGGAAAAGGAUGGACAAAUGUCAGGUAGGAAACUGGAAAAGUUGCACUCUAGAUUGGGUGAUGAGAGAAGUACGUUGGCCCAGAUCACAGAUGGACACCCAUCACCCAACACAAAUAACGUAGAAGAUGACUGUGAGAAAUUUGAGAUUUCCGAGAAGAGCGUGAACAAGGGAACCGAACAAAUCGGACUUGAGUGCUUUGAGCUGCUGAAGGUUCUGGGAAAUGGUACCUAUGGAAAGUCAUCACAAGUGCAUCAGGAGUGCUUAGAGCGCGACCAAAGGAUCAUAGCGCUUGUCUCCAUGGUCAGACACCUGGAAGUCAGACUCAAGCAGCAGCAGCAGCAGUCGGGUGGACGCAGUCUCGUCGCCUUGGAUGACAUCAUCAGGCAGACACAGGAUCUGGAAGUGGAGCUGCGAGAGCUGGAGCCUGAGGUCACCACAGAAGUGAAGGCUGCCCAGAUGCUCUUGAUGCACCACCCCGGAGAUGUUCCUCCACAGCUCCUUAUAGCUUUGGAGAAGGACCAGAAGAGCUUGACUCGAGCGUACCAGGCGGCCAAAACACUUUCUGGGGACAUGCUGCAAAACCUGCGAGACCGCAGAGAUUCAUACAAGGUGUUGCUUAGACAGGUGGCCGAGGGCGGGAUAAUCCAUCACGCUUCGGGAAUGAGGCUGUCAGUGUCUGAUGCCGUAGACAGAGGUCUUGUGGAUCGAUCACUCGCUCCCGGCUUGGAGGAGAUCGAGUGGGCUUACCAAGAAUCGAUUCAUGCAUGUGACAGAGAUUAUGACGACAUUAAUGAAGAAGACACAACAAAGUCAGAUGGGAUCCCUAAGAAGUUGCUGUCUAAAUCCAGUGAUGCGAAAGUUAUGUCGGUCAUAGACUUUGAUUGUCCACUGACUGACUCCAGAACAUCUGAUGAGGAAGAACACAUCAAACCAAGUGACGAGGACUGUAAGAUGGGGGAAGUUGUAGCGAGGAAUGAUGGAGAAACAGAAAAUAUUUUGACCUUUGAAAUGCAGGCUACUUCUGCCAUGGAGCAGCAAGAACUGAUGUUGGAGGAGGCCCUAUUGCAAAUCGGUAGCUCAGAUAAGAUUCCUGAACCACCGAAUGCAGAUAAACUACAGAAAAGUCAACAGAGCACAGAUGAACAAAAACAAAGCAUACCUGGAGGUUUUGACGCAGCGUGGAUUCACGAAUGUGACUCUAAUGUUAACAAAAGUGUUAUGGAAGAGGACAGGAAAAAAUCAGAUGGUAAACUUGAGAAGAUGCUGGGUAUGCAUAACGUUGUUGGUCCGCUGACUGACUCGAAAACAGUGGACCAGAAGGAUGAUAAAAAAGAACGAGUUCAAACAAGUGAGGAGGAAACUAGUGUGCAGUAUGUCGCAGAAGCCAAUGAUGGUGAAAGAGAGAAUAUUUGCAUUGAAACCGAGGCUCUUUGUGCCUUGCAGCAGCCAGAACUGCUACUGAAGAAGGCAGUGCGGCAAAUUGAUGGGACAGAAAGGAUUCCUCAACCCGCGGCUGCAGACAAAUCACGAGUAAGUCAGCAGAGCACAGAUGGGCAAAAAGGUGCCACACCUGAAAGUUGGCUUCGAGAAUCAAUUCAAGCGCACGACAUGUUUAUUGAGAACGAUGACGCUGAUGUUGAUAAAAGUGUGAAGGAAAAGGAUGGACAAAUGUCAGGUAGGAAACUGGAAAAGUUGCACUCUAGAUUGGGUGAUGAGAGAAGUACGUUGGCCCAGAUCACAGAUGGUUCAUCAAGUGAGCCCCUAAGAACACGCAACAAGGAAAGCAGGAUGGGCGAUGUCGAGAGGAACGAUGCCGAAAGAGAGAAAACUUUGAGCUUUGAAAAAGAGGAUUCUUUAGUCACGGAAAAGGAAGAACCGCUAUUUGAGUCUUUGGCUAAAGAAAGUAAAACCAAGAAAAAGAAGAGGAGUAAAAAGAAGGCAAAGGUAGCAGAGGAAGACGAUAAAACACAGCAACCAGAAAUCAAACUUGGACCUGAAACCUGUCAGCCAGAGAAAGCAUCGUCGAGUCACGGCAAGACAUUGGGCGCUCUUCAAGAGGACAACACUGAAUCACAGAAAGAACCAGAUGCUGAACCUCAUGUGGUAAAACGACACCAAAAUGAGGAAACUGACCAUGGGAAUGUUAGAGCCCCAUCAUUGGAUAGCACUGACAAGAAGAGGAUGCAGCGGAAACAUGAAGCCGAAGACCCUCAGUCGAGCCCGAAGCAACUACAACAAUCAAUCAGCAGUCAAGUGGUGAUCGGAAAUAGCAAGCAGGAGGUAACUUCAAAAGCGGGUAUGUUGGCUGAACAGAAGGCCACCAUGAAACUGAAAACGAGAGAGAGCGACGUCAAGAAGGUGUUUGAGGCUGGCGUCAGCGAAAGGAAGGCUGCUGAGGAAGUUGGGAAGAGGGAGACCACAGAGACAGAAGCGUAUCUCAAGAGUGGUGACAAGAGCGAGGAGCAGGACAAACUAGAACCGGCAGUUGCCAAAGUGAAUGCGAGUGUUUCUAUAUAUGAGAGCUUCAAGAAGGAGCAGCUUCCAACUGCCAAGCCCGCAGAGAGUAAGCGAAGUAAGAAGUUCAAGCGUUUCAAAGCUCAACCUUCCGAAUCACACGCAGAUCAGAAAUACCCAGAGGAACCGAAGCGUGGCUCUCUUGAAGAAAAGCCUUCAGACAAGACGAAAGUUGGUGAUUCUUGCGAGGAACUCGCAAGACAACCGCAUCAUCAUCCCGAGGCCCAGUCUGGUGCUUGCGGCACAGGAGCAGAAGUAGAGAAGAAAGAGCGUCUACCACACAACGUUACUACUACCAGAGGUCUUGAAGUGAAGUCUCCAAAAACCGCCCCCCUCCUCUCAGAAGAGGUGUCAGCUGACUCAGGAUCAACAGGACCUCCCGAGUCACUUCCAGCUUUUGCCAGUCAAGGAGCAGCAGAUGAUGAAGAAGUGAUGUUAAGUGAAGAUGAAGUGGAAUCCACUUCUGGCAAGUCAUCACGAGUGCAUCAGGAGUGCUUAGAGAGCAACCAAAGGAUCAUAGCGCUUGUCUCCAUGGUCAGACACCUGGAAGUCAGACUCAAGCAGCAGCAGCAGCAGUCGGGUGGACGCAGUCUCGUCGCCUUGGAUGACAUCAUCAGGCAGGAACAGGAUCUGGAAGUGGAGCUGCGAGAGCUGGAGCCUGAGGUCACCACAGAAGUGAAGGCUGCCCAGAUGCUCUUGAUGCACCACCCCGGAGAUGUUCCUCCACAGCUCCUUAUAGCUUUGGAGAAGGACCAGAAGAGCUUGACUCAAGCGUACCAGGCGGCCAAAACACUUUCUGGGGACAUGCUGCAAAACCUGCGAGACCGCAGAGAUUCAUACAAGGUUCAACAAAAAAUUAUCAGAUUUAUUUUUUUACAAAUGGAGGCUCUGCUCUCCUGGGUGAGGGAGACAGAGGCACUUGCAAAUGAAGAGAGUGAAACUCUGGAUGAAGAUGGCCGACUUUUGCAUCAGUUGCGUCUUUCCCAGGAUCUUCAGAGCAGGCUGAUGUCCCGCUCUGGCGACGUGGCCCAAGUGGCCUCAGACGUCCAAGUUUUUGUUUCGGAGCGGGCACAGGACCUGGCGCCCCAGCAGAGCAGGUGCCUUCUGGGGCAGCUGCAGCAGCUGCAUAGGGCCUUCCACAGUGCGACGGGACAAGCUCGGGCCCGGGCAGCCGCUCAGCGGGAGCAUGAGGAGGAAUGGCGGCACCAGAAGGAAAGGAGAGCCGACGUCGAGGUCAAGCUGAAGGAGAAACAGGAUGAUAAAAAAGAACGAGUUCAAACAAGUGAGGAGGAAACUAGUGUGCAGUAUGUCGCAGAAGCCAAUGAUGGUGAAAGAGAGAAUAUUUGCAUUGAAACCGAGGCUCUUUGUGCCUUGCAGCAGCCAGAACUGCUACUGAAGAAGGCAGUGCGGCAAAUUGAUGGGACAGAAAGGAUUCCUCAACCCGCGGCUGCAGACAAAUCACGAGUAAGUCAGCAGAGCACAGAUGGGCAAAAAGGUGCCACACCUGAAAGUUGGCUUCGAGAAUCAAUUCAAGCGCACGACAUGUUUAUUGAGAACGAUGACGCUGAUGUUGAUAAAAGUGUGAAGGAAAAGGAUGGACAAAUGUCAGGUAGGAAACUGGAAAAGUUGCACUCUAGAUUGGGUGAUGAGAGAAGUACGUUGGCCCAGAUCACAGAUGGUUCAUCAAGUGAGCCCCUAAGAACACGCAACAAGGAAAGCAGGAUGGGCGAUGUCGAGAGGAACGAUGCCGAAAGAGAGAAAACUUUGAGCUUUGAAAAAGAGGAUUCUUUAGUCACGGAAAAGGAAGAACCGCUAUUUGAGUCUUUGGCUAAAGAAAGUAAAACCAAGAAAAAGAAGAGGAGUAAAAAGAAGGCAAAGGUAGCAGAGGAAGACGAUAAAACACAGCAACCAGAAAUCAAACUUGGACCUGAAACCUGUCAGCCAGAGAAAGCAUCGUCGAGUCACGGCAAGACAUUGGGCGCUCUUCAAGAGGACAACACUGAAUCACAGAAAGAACCAGAUGCUGAACCUCAUGUGGUAAAACGACACCAAAAUGAGGAAACUGACCAUGGGAAUGUUAGAGCCCCAUCAUUGGAUAGCACUGACAAGAAGAGGAUGCAGCGGAAACAUGAAGCCGAAGACCCUCAGUCGAGCCCGAAGCAACUACAACAAUCAAUCAGCAGUCAAGUGGUGAUCGGAAAUAGCAAGCAGGAGGUAACUUCAAAAGCGGGUAUGUUGGCUGAACAGAAGGCCACCAUGAAACUGAAAACGAGAGAGAGCGACGUCAAGAAGGUGUUUGAGGCUGGCGUCAGCGAAAGGAAGGCUGCUGAGGAAGUUGGGAAGAGGGAGACCACAGAGACAGAAGCGUAUCUCAAGAGUGGUGACAAGAGCGAGGAGCAGGACAAACUAGAACCGGCAGUUGCCAAAGUGAAUGCGAGUGUUUCUAUAUAUGAGAGCUUCAAGAAGGAGCAGCUUCCAACUGCCAAGCCCGCAGAGAGUAAGCGAAGUAAGAAGUUCAAGCGUUUCAAAGCUCAACCUUCCGAAUCACACGCAGAUCAGAAAUACCCAGAGGAACCGAAGCGUGGCUCUCUUGAAGAAAAGCCUUCAGACAAGACGAAAGUUGGUGAUUCUUGCGAGGAACUCGCAAGACAACCGCAUCAUCAUCCCGAGGCCCAGUCUGGUGCUUGCGGCACAGGAGCAGAAGUAGAGAAGAAAGAGCGUCUACCACACAACGUUACUACUACCAGAGGUCUUGAAGUGAAGUCUCCAAAAACCGCCCCCCUCCUCUCAGAAGAGGUGUCAGCUGACUCAGGAUCAACAGGACCUCCCGAGUCACUUCCAGCUUUUGCCAGUCAAGGAGCAGCAGAUGAUGAAGAAGUGAUGUUAAGUGAAGAUGAAGUGGAAUCCACUUCUGGCAAGUCAUCACGAGUGCAUCAGGAGUGCUUAGAGAGCAACCAAAGGAUCAUAGCGCUUGUCUCCAUGGUCAGACACCUGGAAGUCAGACUCAAGCAGCAGCAGCAGCAGUCGGGUGGACGCAGUCUCGUCGCCUUGGAUGACAUCAUCAGGCAGGAACAGGAUCUGGAAGUGGAGCUGCGAGAGCUGGAGCCUGAGGUCACCACAGAAGUGAAGGCUGCCCAGAUGCUCUUGAUGCACCACCCCGGAGAUGUUCCUCCACAGCUCCUUAUAGCUUUGGAGAAGGACCAGAAGAGCUUGACUCAAGCGUACCAGGCGGCCAAAACACUUUCUGGGGACAUGCUGCAAAACCUGCGAGACCGCAGAGAUUCAUACAAGGAGGCCAUAGAAGCUGAACUGAAAUCACUUGGUAGACAAAUGGAGGCUCUGCUCUCCUGGGUGAGGGAGACAGAGGCACUUGCAAAUGAAGAGAGUGAAACUCUGGAUGAAGAUGGCCGACUUUUGCAUCAGUUGCGUCUUUCCCAGGAUCUUCAGAGCAGGCUGAUGUCCCGCUCUGGCGACGUGGCCCAAGUGGCCUCAGACGUCCAAGUUUUUGUUUCGGAGCGGGCACAGGACCUGGCGCCCCAGCAGAGCAGGUGCCUUCUGGGGCAGCUGCAGCAGCUGCAUAGGGCCUUCCACAGUGCGACGGGACAAGCUCGGGCCCGGGCAGCCGCUCAGCGGGAGCAUGAGGAGGAAUGGCGGCACCAGAAGGAAAGGAGAGCCGACGUCGAGGUCAAGCUGAAGGAGAAACAGGUGGUCCUGCAACAGAAAGCGGAAUGUUCUCACAAACUGGAAGAUCUCAGGGCCUGGUUGGCAGGAGCCGCCGCCACUCUGGCAAAUCAGAGAGUGGAAUCGACAACGGAAUCAGAUGACGUGAGCGUCCUGCAGGACAGGCAAAAAAAGCUAAAGGAAGUGCAGAAGGACCUCCAGACCCGAUCGGAAGAAGUGGCCGAGGCCAUCCGCUCUGUGGAGGACUUGCUGGCCGAGCAAGGGGAAAAUUUGAGUGCGGAGGAGCGAGAGGGCCUGCAGGUGGAACUGAUGCGGAUGAAGGAGCAGUACUCCGCACUGAUGGAGGCGGCCAACGCGUCCGUGACUGAGGUGGAAACUACUAUCGACGCAACACUGCAGCACAACACACAGAGGGCUAAAGCCUUUGAGGAGCUCCAGCAGACCCAGAACCAGAUGGACUCCCUGCUGAAGGACUUAACCGCCGCUCACCCAUCAGCAGCUCAAGACGUUCCCGACCUGCCUUCCUCGCACCCUGAUUCCGCCGUCACAUCCCACACGGGGGCGCUGCAGGCCGAACUUCAGCGACUGCAGGCACAGCAGACCCAGCUUCUCCACAUCAGCCAAUCAGUUCGCGCGCUGCUGGACCAGCCCGACUCCACGGUUCCUCCUGAGGAGAAGCGACGUCUGCGAGCCACGCUUGAUCAGCUGCAGUCUGAGCACCAGCAGAAGCUACACACCUGCCAGGAGCAACUGAGGAAGUCUGAGGCGUUGAAGGACGAGCUGACAAAGUUUCUCCAGGAGCACAGCGAUCUGGGCGCUUGGCUUGAGCAGUGUGAGCAGGAGCUGAAAUGUUUGGGGGAAGGCGAAACGGACGCUCAAGAACUGAAGAACCGACUGGAGGAGCACAGAAAGCUGGCCGAGGACAUCAUCUGCCACAAGGCCGACCUGCGCUUCGUUUCCAUCUCCGGUCAGAAGGUUCUGGACUCCUGUCAGGCCGCCCUGGAACAGCAAGAAGGCGCGGGCGAUGCUGCUGCCCUGGAGGCCACCAAGCAGCUGGUGACGGACCAGCUGCAAGAAGCAAACCACAGAUAUACCUCACUCCAUGCCAAGUCGUCAGAGUUGGGUGGACGCCUGUCAGGACUGCUGGAGCGCUACCAGCAGUACCAGGACGAGGUGGUCUCGCUCCACUCUUGGCUCAGCGUCCAGGAGCAGAACCAAAGCAUCGCCAAGCCUUGCGGAUCGACCGACCCCCAAGCCCUGCAAGACACCCUGCGGCAAGUCCGGCUACUGCAGGAUGAGAUGGCCGAGCGUUCGGUUCAGUUGGAGAAGGUGAAGCGAACUGGAAGAGUUCUGGUCAGCGUGGAUGAGUUUCCCUCCCUGAAGGCUGUGGACAUCUUGUGUGCCGCAGACGGUUUGGAGAAAAGGUUCUCAUCUCUGACGGCAUCCGUAUCGGAACGGGCCAAGCAGCUCCAGACGGCCGUGGCCCAGUCGGUGAGUGUGCAGGAGGGCUUGAAGGCUCUGCUGGCCUGGCUCGACACCCUGGAUCUGGACCCCGCACCCGUGGAGCCAACGGUGCAGGCGCUGCAGGACGCCCUGACUCAGAAUCAGAAACUUCGUCAGGAGCUCGUAUCGCGGCAGGGCAGUGUGGAGGCCACGCAGGACUCUGUCUCAAAGUUGCUCCAAAGCCCCGAUACCCCCAUGGCAUCGGGCUUGCAGGGGUCGCUGGACGAACUUCGGCAAAGGUUCGCCGCCGGCCAGGUCAGCCAAGCAGAGCGGGAAGCAGAGCUUAAAAGGUUGUUGCCACGGAUGGAGAACUAUGAACGACUAGCAGGCGACCUGCGGGCCUUCAUCCAGAGUCGUGCCAAAGCUCUGAGCCCGGCGGGGCAGCCUGAUCGCUGCGUGAAUGACUACCGGCAGAAUGUGGAGGAAGUGAAGUCGGAGCUGCAACAGGAAGCGCCUCAGCUGAAGUCUUUCUGCAGCCUGACAGAAGAGGUCAGCACAUCACAAGUUUUGGGUCACACACAAAGCCUCCUAGAACACGUCAAAGGCAUGUCGGAUGACUUCAAGCAAUUGGAGGACGAUGUCAACCAAAGACUGGCGGCCAUUUUGGCUUGCGAGCAGCAGCUGCUCCACUUCCGUGGACUCUCUGGCUCCCUCCUCAGAUGGCUUCAGGCGGCGCAGGAGCAGCUGCCCACCAAGGAGGUCGCCCUGGACACUGAGGCGCUGCAGAGGCGAGUGCAGCAGCUGCAGGAGCUGUUGAAGGAGUGGGAGUCACAGGCGUCCAGGGUGCAGGAAUUGAACAAGAGCAGCUCCGAACUGGAGGCGCAAGUCAUUGACAUCACAGCCCCACAGAACAAAUCGGGUGCUCCCCAAAUCAAUGGCUCUGCUCCCGGGAGCGUCAACGGCAUUCAUACUUGUAAAGACUUGACGGAGAUCCAAGUGGCCGUGUCUGACGUCAACACCCGACACGAGGCCCUGGGCGUCGACUUGAAGGAGCGCCUGGGCCGCCAGCAGUCCUCGUUGGAGCAGAGGCAGCAGGCCAGGCGUGGUGCCGAGGAGCUGCAAAGCUGGCUGAAAGACAAAGAGAAGAACCUCGCGCAGGGACAUGCAGCCUCGCCGUCCAAGCCGGAAGUGGUGCGUGCCCAGGCCCAGGAGAACAAGGCACUGAUGUCGGAGUUGGCUGAGCAAGCCGCCAGGGUAGAGGAGCUGAAGGGAACCCUGAGGAAGCUCAUCGCCGAAAACCCCGACUCCCCCGAGGCAGACACAUGGAGGCAACAGUUGCAGGAAAUCGACUCCCGUUGGCUCUCUGCAAAUCAGACGGCGUCGCGGCGUCAGGCGGAGCUGGAGGCAUGUGCCGACCGGCUGGGCAGCUUUGCCGCGGCAGCGUCUCAGCUCGGCCCCUGGCUGCGUGAGAAGGAGUUAAUGAUGAGUGUGCUUGGCCCGCUCAGCAUCGACCCGAACAUGCUAAACACGCAGAAGCAACAAGUACAGUUCAUGCUGCGGGAGUUUGAGACCCGUCGACCGCAGUUCGACCAACUCACCCAGUCGGCCGAGGGUAUCCUCUUGCAGACACGGGACCCCAAAGAGCUGGAGGAUGUCCGGGCUCAGCUGGAGGAGGUUUCCCAGCAGUGGCGUGACCUGAUGGGCAAGCUGGACCAGCGUUCGGAGCACAUCAACCAGGCACAGGGCACCAGCGAGCGCUACCACGCGAUCCUGCGCGAGCUGUCGGCCAGCACAGCGGCGCUUGCCGAGCGUCUGGACGGCCAGGCGGAACUGAGCGCCCGACCCGAGGCCCUCAGGCAGCGCCUCCAGGAGACGGGCGAGAUCCGCUCUGAGCUGGAGAGGCGCCGAGGCGAGCUGGCCGAGGCCGAGCAGCUGUGCCAGGAGCUGAGCGCCAUCGUGGCUGAGCCUUACCUGAAAGAUGAGCUGAAGAAGAGGCUGGAAAACGUCAGCGUCCCGCUCAAGAGUUUGGAGGAACGUGCAGCGGACGGUCUGUCUCAGCUGCAGGCUGCGUUGUCCUCCACGCAGCAGUUCCAGCAGAUGUUUGAGGACGUGCGCUCGUGGCUUGACCAGCAGACGGAGCUUCGGGACUCGUCGCUGGACGCGCUGCCCUGCCGUCCCGAGGCAGUCCGUUCGCUGCUGUCAUCUGUUGCCGACCUCCAGCGCUCUGUCGCCGCCCAACGGGGCUCCUAUGAAUUGAUCCAGGCAGAGGGCGCAUCGCUGCUGGCCGCGCUCCCCACCGAUGGGGACGAGCGCACUGCCCUGCAGUCCCGCCUCACCUGCUUGCGGCAGGACUGGGAGGAUGUCAACGGGAGGGUCUCGGAGCGGGAAAACAGACUGAAAAGCACCCUGAGCAUGGCGGAAAGCUACCAGCAGCACAAGGCUGAAUUUGCGCCCUGGCUGGAUCAAUGCGAGGAGAAAGACGCGGAAAUCCAGCCGUCGCUCGACCCUGUGUGUCUGGAUGAGGCCCUACAGAAGGUCAAGGGGCUCGCCUUUGACCUGGAGAGACGACAUACGCUGCUGGAGGCCUUCAAUACAGCAGCGGAUCAGCUGCUGGAGCAGUGCUGUAUCGGAGAGGACGAGGUCCGAGACGAGAAGGCGCAGCUUAACCGGCGUAUGGACGCCCUGGGUGAGCGUCUCCUCGGUAGCACGUCGCAGCUGGAGGAGCUCUCGGGCCGCCUCAAGGAGUUUGAGGAAGGUCGGCAGGCGGUGGAGAGACGCCUGGAGGCCGCCAAGCACCAGAUCGAAGUCCAAGAGGCGCUUGGACCUCAGGCUUGUAGCGCUAAGAGCUUGGAGAGGCUGAGGAGCCAGCAGGAAAACCUAGCAUGCCUGCAGCCUCAGGUGGUCUACCUGCGCGACCUGGCACAAGGACUGGUGCAGGAUGCCCCCCAGAGGCCAGAGGGCAGCGCUGAGGGCGCGCAGAGGUUGCAGGAGCAGGCGAAACACACCCAGAACGAGUUUGAUGACGUCAGCAGCAAGCUGGAGCAGUGUUGCUCCACGCUGGAAUCGCGUCUGCACGGCGUGGGCGAGGUCCAGUCCCACGUGCGCGAUGUCUUCUCACGGCUGGCCGACCUGGACGACGAGUUGGACUCGCUGGGCCCCGUUGGACGAGACGCUGACUCCCUGGCCUCGCAGGCGGACAUGCUGGGGGGCUUCCUGUCGCGUCUGGCGGCCCUCCGCACGGAGCUGGAGACGCACGCCGCCGAGUGCACGGCCAUGUUGCGUCGCGAGGGUUCCUCGCCCGACCUGCUGGCUCUCAGGCGUGAGACAGAAGCGCUUGGUCGGCAGGCUGGAAAGCUGAGUGAACGGGGCCAAGCGCAUCUGGUGCAGAUCCAGGACGCCUCCGAGCGAGUGGGCGACUUCUACCGGCUGGUAGACGAACUGCAAGGCCUGCUGGGAGCCGCCGAGGAGGGUCUGAACACGCAGGCCCCGGUGGGCUCCGAGGUGGACGUCAUCAAGCAGCAGCUCCUCGACUUCAAGGCUCUGGAACGUGAGCAGGUGGACGGCGUUCAAGUCAAGCUGCAGCAUGUCAACGCCGUAGGCCAGGGUCUGAUCCAAAGCGCUGGCAAGAACACGGACACGCGGGCGCUGGAGCAUGACCUGGACGAAACCAACCAGAGAUGGAACUCGCUCAACAAGAGGGUGGCCGAGAGGAUCGCUCAGCUGCAGGAGGCCCUGUUGCAUUGUGGGAAAUUCCAGGAUGCCCUGGAGCCGCUGCUCAGCUGGCUGAGCGACACAGAGGAGCUGGUGGCCAAUCAGAAGCCGCCGUCGGCUGAGUACCGAGUGGUCAAGGCCCAGAUCCAAGAGCAGAAGCUUCUCCAGAGGCUGCUGGAUGACCGGCGGCCCACAGUGGAGAUGAUCCGCGCCGAGGGCGAGCGCAUCUCAUCCACCGCUGACGCUCAGGACCGAGAGAAGAUACAGAUGCAGCUGCAAAGUCUUGCCGAGAGGUGGAGCGACCUCCUGGACAAGGCCAGCUCCAGGCAAAGGCAGCUAGAAGAGCUGCAGGUGUUGGCGCUCCACUUCCACGAGGCUCUGGAGCCGCUUGGCGAAUGGCUGAGUGCCACCGAGAGGCGCGUUAGCUCCGCAGAGCCCAUGGGAACCCAGACGGCCAAGAUCAGCCAGCAGAUUGUCAAACACAAGGCCAUCCAAGAUGACGUGUGCGCCCGCGAGUCCGACGUGGCCCGCCUGCAUUCCCUUAGCCAAUCGCUGGCUCCGCUCAGCUGCGCAUCAGACCGUGAUUGGCUGGGCGAUCGGGUGGAGGCGGUGCAAUCGGGCCACGCCCAGCUUUCUGAGUGGUGUGCACGGCGGGCGGCGCUGCUGGAGCAGGCGCUGGCCAACGCUCGUCUCUUUGGAGAGGACGAGGUGGAGGUUCUCAACUGGUUGGCUGAAGUGGGCCAGCGGCUGGCGCUGGUUUCGGUGUACUGUUACCGGGCUGACGCGCUGGCCGAGCAGCACAAGCACGCGCUGUCUCUAAACGAGGAGAUUGUAAGCAGGAAGAAGACAGUGGACCAGGCCAUCAAGAACGGACAAGCACUACUCAAGCAGACCACAGGUGAAGAGGUCCUGCUGAUCCAGGAGAAGCUCGACGGCAUCAAAUCUCGCUACGCCGAGAUGACCGCGGGCAGCAGCAAAGCGCUGCGCACGCUGGAGCAGGCGCUGCAGCUGGCCACGCGAUUCGCCACCGCCCACCAUGACCUCAACCAAUGGCUCGACACCGUGGAAGCAGAGCUCAACGAUGUGGAGCCCGACGCCUCGCUCGCCUACCAGGAACGACAGAAGGAGUUGAAGAAAGUGUCAGCUGAGAAGCGGCUGGUGUUGGACACCGUCAAUGAGGUGGGCAGCGCCCUGCUGGAUCUAGUGCCCUGGCGAGCCCGCGAGGGGCUGGACCGACUGGUCGCUGACGCCAACCAGCGCUACAGACAGGCGGACGACACCAUCACGCAGCGGGUGCAGCUCGUGCAGGCCGCCAUCCAGAGGUCGCAGCAGUUCGAAGAGGCGGUGGACGCAGAGCUGGCCUGGGUUAGUGAGAUGGAGCGCAAGUUAGCAUCGCUGGGCCCGCUGAGCCUGGAGCCUGACGUGACGGUGGCCCAGCUUCAGGUCCAGAAGGCCUUCAACAUCGACAUCAUCCGCCACAAGGACACCGUGGACCAGCUGCUAGCCACCAGGGAUGACAUCCUGGAGACUUGCAGCGAAACCCAGAAGGAUGCGCUGAAGGUGAAGACCGACUCCUUGAGUGCCCGCUACGACGCUGUCAACCAGAGCCACAGCGGGCGCUUUGCGGCGCUGGAGCAGGCUCAGGUGCUGGUGGCCCGCUUCUGGGAGACCUACGAGGAACUGGAGCCGUGGCUGGGUGAGACCGAGACCCUCAUUGGGCAGCUGCCGCCACCCGCCAUCGACACGGACACCCUGCGCCUGCAGCAGGACCAGAUGAGGCUGCUGAGAGAGUCCAUCGCCGAGCACAAGCCGCACAUCGACAAACUACUGAAGAUCGGACCCCCGCUGGCCGAGCUGAGCGCCACUGAGGGCCCGCGUGUGACGCAAUGCUACGCCGAAGCCGAGCGCCGCUACCUGGCAAUUAAGGAGGAGGUGAAGAGUCGCGCGGCGCUGCUGGACGAGGCCGUGUCGCAAUCCGCUCAGCUGGUGGAGUUCCACGAUAAGAUGGACCCUCUUCUGGAGACCUUGGAGGCGGCCGUGCAGCGCCUACGUCAGCCGCCUCCGGUGGCGGCCGAGGUGGAAAAGAUCCGCGAGCAGUUGGCCGAGCACCGGGCGCAGGGUCUGGAGCUGGACAAACUGCUGCCCAGCUUCUCCGCCCUCUGCGCCCGAGGAGAGGAACUCAUCAGCCGGGCGGCCCACGAUGAUCCAGCUGCCCAGGCCGUUCAUUCCCGCCUACUGCGCCUGCGCUCAUUGUGGGACGAGAUUCGCCAGCGUGCCGAGGAGCGCGAGAGCAAACUCAACGACGUGCUAGACCUGGCCAGCAAGUUCUGGGCAGACAUGGCGGCGUUGUUGAGCACGCUGCGCGACUCGCAGGACAUCGUCAAGGAGUUGGAGGACCCUGGCGUGGACCCCUCACUCAUCAAGCAGCAGAUCGAGGCCGCCGAGGCCAUCAAGGCGGAGACGGACGGCCUGAGGGAGGAACUGGAGUUUGUCAGGACCCUCGGGGCCGACCUCAUCUUCGCCUGCGGAGAAACCGAGAAACCCGAAGUUAAGAAGACCAUUGACGAGAUGAACGGCGCUUGGGAAGGUCUGAACCGGACGUGGCGAGAAAGGAUGGAGAGGCUGGAUGAGGCCAUGAGCGCCUCCGUGCAGUACCAGGAUUCACUGCAGUCCAUGUUCGACUACUUGGACAACGCGGUGAUCAAACUGUGCGAAAUGACAACAGUGGGCACUGACCUGGGAACAGUCAAACAUCAGAUUGAGGAGCUCAAGCAGUACAAAGUGGACGUGUACCAGCAGCAGAUCGACAUGGAGAAGCUGUGCCACCAGGGGGAGCUGCUGCUGAAAAAGGUUUCAGACCAGACAGACCGUGAUAUGAUCCAGGAGCCGCUGACCGAGCUGCGCCACCUGUGGGACAAUUUGGGGGACAAGAUCACCCAGAGACAGCACAAGCUGGAGGCUGCCCUGCUGGCCCUGGGUCAGUUCCAGCACGCCCUGUCUGAACUGCAGGCCUGGCUGAGCCACACAUACACCACCCUGGACACCCAGCGACCAAUCAGCUCAGACCCCAAGGCCAUCGAAAUCGAACUGGCCAAACAUCAUGUUUUGCGCAACGACGUGCUGUCCCACCAUGCCACGGUGGAGGCCGUCAACGCAGCGGCCGGCGAGCUCCUGGAGUCGUCCCCGGGAGACGAAGCCAGCCACCUGAGGGAACAACUAGACCAGCUCAACCACAGCUGGCAAAACCUCUUGCUCAAGACGCAGGAGCGGCAGAAGUUGCUCGAAGCCGCCUUGCACCAGGCGGAGGGCUUCCAUGGGGAACUGGAGGAGUUCCUCCAGUGGAUGAGGCGCACAGAGAGCCAGCUGUCUGCAGCCAAGCCCACUGGAGGCCUCCCCGAGACAGCCAGGGAGCAGCUGGAGCAGCACAUGGAGCUCCAAGGCCAGCUGACUCUGCGGGCCGAUCAGUACAACCGGUUACUGAAUGCUGGAGAAUCCAUGCUUCUGGCUCGCGGUGGAGAGGACGCCGGACCGGGAACCACCCAGACCCAGCAAAACCUGGCCAUGCUGCAGAACAAGUGGGCCAGCCUCAACACCAAGAUGGACGACCGCCGGGCCAAGCUGGAGGAGGCUCUCUCGCUGGCGACGACUUUUCAGACUUCCCUGCAGGACACCAUCAACUGGCUGACGCAGGCGGAGCAGACCCUCAACAUGGCCCAGCCGCCCAGCCUCCUCCUGGAUACGGUCCUCUUCCAGAUCGAUGAGCACAAGGUUUUUGUCAACGAGGUGAACACGCACCGCGAGCAGGUCCUGGCCCUGGAGAAGUCCGGUUCGCAGUUGCGCUUCGCCAGCUUGAAACAGGACGUAGUCAUCAUCAAGAACCUGUUGCUGAGCGUUCAGGCCCGCUGGGACAAGCUGGUCCAGAGGUCUCUAGACCGCGGGCGGCACCUGGACGAGGCUCGCAAGAGGGCCAAGCAGUUCCACGAGGCUUGGAGGAAGCUGACCGAUUGGCUGGAGGAGGCAGAGAAUCGAUUGGACUCGGAACUGGAGAUCCCCAACGAACCGGACAAGAUCAAAGUCCAGCUGACCAAACACAAGGAGUUCCAGAAGGCGCUGGGCUCCAAGCAGCCCGUCUACGACACCACGGUGAGGUCUGGCCGGGCCAUGCGUGAUAAAGCUCAGCUGCCGGCCGACACCCAGAAACUGGACCAUCUGGUGGGCGAAGUCCGCGACAAAUGGGACACAGUCUGUGGGAAGAGCGUGGAGAGGCAACACAAGCUGGAGGAGGCUUUGCUGUUCUCGGGUCAGUUUGCCGAGGCCCUCCAGGCUCUGGUAGACUGGCUGUACCGUGUGGAGCCUCAGCUGGCUGAAGAUCUGCCUGUGCAUGGUGACCUGGACCUGGUUUCUAACCUCAUGGACUCUCAUAAGGCCUUCCAGAAAGAGAUGGGCAAAAGGACGGGGAGCAUUCAGGCCUUGAAGCGCUCCGGCCGAGAACUCAUGGAGACAGGUCGGGACGACACGGCAUGGGUCAAAGUUCAGCUGCAGGAGCUGAGCAACCGCUGGGAGACGGUGUGUGCUUUGUCCGUCACAAAGCAGACGCGACUACAGCAGGCACUCAAACAGGCUGAGGAAUUCCGCACGGCGGUGCAGAUGCUACUGGAGUGGCUGUCCGAGGCCGAGCAGAGCCUUCGCUUCCGCGGUGUCCUUCCCGAGGAGGCAGAGACCCUCCAGGCAUUGUUGCACACCCACCGCCAAUUCAUGGGCACCGUGGAGGAGAAGAGGGCAGAGGUCAACCAGGCAGCGGGCAUGGGCGAGGCCAUCCUCACCCUGUGCCACCCGGACUCCAUUACCACCAUCAAGCACUGGAUCACGAUCAUCCGGGCGCGCUUUGAAGAGGUGCUGACGUGGGCCAAGCAGCACGAGCAGCGUCUGGAGGCGGCACUGACCGAGGUUCUGAACAACGCCAACCUGCUGGAGGAGCUGCUGUCGUGGCUACAGUGGGCCGAGACAACCCUGGCGCAGAGAGACAUGGAGCCCCUCCCACAGGACAUCCCUCAAGUCAAAGGACUCAUUACAGAACACCAGAUGUUCAUGGAGGAGAUGACAAGAAAGCAGCCGGACGUGGACAAAGUGACCAAAGGUUAUAAAAGGAAACCCGCUGAACCUCCCAGCAGUCUGGCGGAGAGGAGAGGCCGGCGACAACAACAACAACAACAGCAGCAGCAGCAUCAUCAUCAGCAUCAUCAUCAUCAUCAGGCCUCGAUGCAAGUUUCAGGGACCAACCCACGACUCAAUCAGCUGUGUGCACGCUGGCAGCAAGUUUGGCUUCAGGCGCUGGACCGCCAGCGAAAACUCAACGACGCUCUGGACAGGUUGGAGGAGCUCAAAGAGUUUGCCAACUUCGACUUUGACGUGUGGCGGAAGAAGUACAUGCGCUGGAUGAACCACAAGAAGUCGCGGGUCAUGGACUUCUUCCGCCGCAUCGACAAGGAUCAGGACGGGAAGAUCACGCGGCAGGAGUUCAUCGACGGCAUCCUGGCGUCCAAGUUCCCCACCAGCAAGUUGGAGAUGACGGCGGUGGCGGACAUUUUCGACAGAGACGGUGACGGCUACAUCGACUAUUAUGAAUUUGUGGCCGCCCUGCAUCCCAACAAGGAUGCCUACAGACCAACCACGGAUGCCGAUAAGAUUGAGGACGAGGUGACUCGGCAGGUGGCUCAGUGUAAGUGUGCCAAGCGUUUCCAGGUGGAGCAAAUAGGGGAGAACAAAUACCGGUUCUUCCUCGGAAACCAGUUCGGCGACUCGCAGCAGCUCCGUCUGGUGCGCAUCCUACGCAGCACCGUCAUGGUGCGGGUGGGCGGAGGCUGGAUGGCUCUGGACGAGUUCCUGGUCAAGAACGAUCCGUGUCGAGUUCAACAUCCCGGACUUAAGAUCCUUCGCUCUGACUCCAGUAGCUCCAUCUCAUCCCGUAUAGUGGCAGUCACUCCAGGCUAUUUCUGCUGCAGAGCACGCGGGCGUACCAACCUGGAGCUCCGAGAGAAGUUCAUCCUUCCCGAAGGGACGCCGCAAAGCGUGUGCGCCUUCCGCUCGCGCGGCCGCCGCUCCAAGCCCGGCUCCCGCAAUGCCUCGCCCACCCGCUCCUCGUCCUCGGCCUCCCACAGCGGCGCCUCGGCACCCUCCACGCCGGCCACGCCGACCGCAUCGGCCUCAACUAGGUCAUCACACACUCACUCUCGCGACUACGCCAAGCCGUGGUUGACGCAUAGUAAAAGUGCGUCGGCGACCAAGUGUCAGUGCUGCCCGGAUGUCAGCGGGGACGAGGGGGCGUCGUCGGGCUCCAAGCUGAAGCGUCCGACCUUCCAUUCCAGUCGCGGCUCACUGACAGGUGAAAACGGCGGGUCGACGCACGCCGCCAAACGAAGUGAUCCGAAGCGAGCCGGGUCUUCGGCGAGCGGUCCCACUAGCCGUGCGGGCAGCCGCGCCAGCAGUCGUCGAGGGAGCGACGCGUCCGAUGCCUCGGAGCUGCAGGACUCUCGCUCUGUCUGCUCAGACGCGUCCGACACCCCGCGGAGGCCCGGCGGUGGCGCCAAACCCUCCAAGAUCCCCACCAUCAGCAAGAAGACCCCUAGUCCCAAACCACCCACGUCCAGCAAGAAAUAAAACAAGGGUGGGGGGAGGGGGGAAUGUCUUCCUUUCGCACGGUGGCGGCCCUCUCUCAUCGGUUGCUGGCAUCCCAUUUUGUCUCGGAUAACAAUUUGGGAGAGGCCGUUUUGCAAGCUUCUAGGCGUGUGUGUCACUGCAGCAAGAAAUCAGACAAACAAGAAAAUGGUCUAAAAUGGGGGACCAAAAAAAAACAAAAAACUUUGGCUUGGAGGCUAGCAAAUAUGCAACAUGUGACACCACGCGGAACACUCAGGGGAAUGCAGGGGCCGCCACCCAGAUUGAGGGCAACCUCACCACCACCACCACCAACCGGGACAGGGGCGGCUGCCCCACUUUGGCCUUGCCCCACCCCCAAAAAAAAAAAAAAAUCCCCACAAUGGUGGCGGUGCACCACAAGGAGCACUACCUGGCUUCCAUCCAAGCGAUGGCGCUCGUGGGUCAUUUCCCUUUUGUUGCAACACUCGACUGGGAGACAGUUUGACAGCGUAAGCGAGGCUGGACGACAGCUGUAUGCCUUACCGCAAAUGUAGGUCGGAAUUUUGACACUUCUCCCAACUUGGUUGGACUGAAACACCAGGAAGGACACAAACAAAAUAAAAGUCACCUCUUGGCUCUCAACCGAAACUUCCAACACCAGGAUGGACAUGCAAAAAAAAAAAUGUUUUUUCGAAUGCACUCUGGCCUUUUCUCACCGCUUUCCCUGCGAAACAACAUACAUUUGGCAGGAGGGGGUGUGGGGGUGGGGGUGAAGUCAUCGAGGCAUUUUUCUGCCCUAACCGAGGCUGGGCAAUUCCGGGACACUAUAACCCUUCUUCUGCCAUUUAAAGCUGCUCUUGUAAUACAACUUUGCCGCUCAGGUGGCGCUAGCGAGUCAUUACGGAAGGGGGAGCUUUGUCGACAAAGUUUCAUGCCUGUAA